CAUCAUGGCGGAAAUUGGUGGCGCAGCUCUGCAGAAGAACCGGAUCAGUCGACUGCAGGAGAUCUGUCAGCAGUGGAGGCUUCCUCUGCCGGUGUACCGCGAGGCGCAGGGAACGUUCAGCGAGUUCGGUACGGAGAUCAGUCUAACGUUGGAGGGAGAGCCCGUCACCUUCCACGGCAGAGGCCGCACCAAAAAGAUCAGCAAAUCAAACGCCGCUCAGGAGGUACUGAACUACAUUGCAAAGAACAAGGCUCACCUCUUGGAGCCGCCUCCAGUGACUGUGGUAGAUGAAGGUGCUAUAGUCGAGGCCCAGUCAAUAUGGAAGAAAGGAAGUCAUCUAAAUAGACAGCAUGUUCCCAGUGUGGAUCAGAGUGAACUGGCUGGAGAGACUGAGAGACUGGAUCAUGUACAUGUGGGACUGGAGUUGGGGAGACUGAUACAACAGACUAGGACUCAGAGGAAAAUGUCUCAGAAAGACCUCGCAGCCAAGAUCAAUGAGAAGGUGGUGGUUGUGGUGGACUAUGAAUCAGGUCGUGCUCUGCCGAAUACUCAUAUCAUAUCCAAACUGGAGAGAGCUCUCGGUGUUCAUCUGACAGGAGAAAAGGAGAGUAUUGCAUUAGACAUAGAUUCACGGAAGCUGGGGACAGAAGAAGACGCGGCGAUCUCCCACGGUAUGUCCAUGGAUCGCAGCAGCAGCCGCCAGGAGCUGUGGAGACGGAGAAAACAACUGGGAACGAAGCCGGAACUGAUGCUAUUCCUAUUCUUCUUCCUCGCUCCUCACCUGGUCUCCGGUCAAGAAGCUCCGACAAUAACAGUUCCACCAAUGGACCGAAACGUUCUUCGAGGAGAUGCAUUCAAUAUGACAUGUUCUGCAGAGGGCAGUGGUGCAGUCUCCAUUCAGUGGGAAAAGGAUGGCCUUCUGUUGAGCAAUGGAAUUGUGAUGGGGAACAACCUGAUCUUUGAUGAAGCUUUGCCGAGCAAUGCAGGGAUGUAUGUUUGUGUGGCCACUAAUGAGGGAGGGGAGGCCAGAGCUGGAGCAACAGUCACUGUAUUCUAUGCUCCGGUGUUCCUGUCACUGGAGGUGGAGCCAGGGGAAGAGGUGAUCAAUGGCUCCAUGGUAACGCUCACCUGUGACAUGGAUGGCUUCCCCAUACCAAACAUCACGUGGCUACACAAUGGAAUGGAGGUGGUAGGCAGUGGGAGAGUGUCCCUCUCAGGUAGUGGCAGUGUUCUGACAAUAGCAGAAGUGAUACUAUCUGACUCUGGAGUCUAUACCUGCAACACCAGCAACAACUAUGGGACCGCAGAGGCUGAUUUUGACAUUCUGCUGAUGAUUUACUACCCUCCCAUGGAGAUCAUGGUCCAGGGUCAUCCUCCAGAGCUGGACCCACGACUAGGAGAGAGGGCGGAGCUUACCUGUGUGGCUUUCUCCAUACCGAGCUCCACGUACAGUUGGUGGAAGGUGGGAGGCGGGGGAGAGGAGGAGAGGGUGGAGGACUCAGCCUCUAUAUCGACAUUUGGUGGUAAUGGGACACUCCUCUUCGUUAUGGUGCAACGAGAAGAUGCCGGGAGCUACUUCUGCAAUGCCAGCAAUGACUAUGGGAGUCUGGUUUCUCAGUAUCUCACCCUCAGAGUCAGUGCUGUUCCCCUGGCACCCACUGAACUGGGGCUGAAUUCUCUCUCCUCCACAUCAGCCGACAUACGCUGGGACCGAGUUAGCUCUUCCUACCCUCCAGUCCAUACCUACCAUGUGGAGUACAGACUGAAACCUUGA